UUCCAUCUGCUUCUGUUUGUGUCCGAAGAAGAAGAAAACUUUUCUGGGCACCGCUUCUUUGUUUAUUGAGCGUUUUUGUUUGUUCCUACAAGUGAAGAAGAAGAAGAAGAAGAGAAAGCAAUACGAAAAAAUGGCGACUCUGUCUUCUUCAUCUCGAUUGUAUUCAUCAUCUCCUAUAUGCAAAUCUCGAUUCUCACCAACAACUCUCGUCUCGGGGAUUGAUUUCAUCUCUUUCUCGCCUCGAACAACUCUCUCCUAUUCAUCAGCCCUUGUCUCGCCGGUGAUUCUUUCUCUCUCUGUUAAACAUAAUCGCCGGAGAAGCUCGCUCCAAGUGAAAUCAGUAGCUAGCCCUACUGAGGCAGUGUCGGAGUUCGAUGAGAUGGUCUCCGGUACGAAACGAAAGUAUUACAUGCUUGGUGGGAAAGGAGGAGUGGGUAAAACUAGUUGUGCUGCUUCUUUAGCUGUGAGGUUUGCAAACAAUGGGCACCCAACUCUUGUUGUAUCCACAGAUCCAGCUCAUUCCUUGAGUGAUUCUUUUGCUCAGGACUUGACUGGAGGAAUGCUUGUGCCUGUAGAAGGACCUGAAGCUCCUUUAUUUGCUCUAGAAAUAAACCCUGAGAAGGCCAGGGAAGAGUUUCGUAGUGCCUCCCAGAUGAAUGGAGGAACUGGGGUGAAAGAUUUUAUGGAUGGUAUGGGACUUGGGAUGCUUGUUGAACAGUUGGGAGAGCUUAAACUUGGAGAAUUGCUCGACACACCGCCUCCUGGAUUGGAUGAAGCCAUUGCCAUUUCUAAGGUCAUUCAAUUUUUGGAGUCACCUGAGUAUAACAUGUUCACCAGAAUCGUGUUUGAUACCGCACCAACGGGUCAUACGCUAAGGCUACUCUCUUUACCUGAUUUCUUGGAUGCGUCCAUUGGUAAAAUCUUGAAGCUUAGACAGAAAAUAACCUCUGCUACUUCAGCGAUCAAAUCAGUCUUUGGGAAAGAAGGAAACAAGCCUGAUGCUGCCGACAAAUUGGAAAAACUAAGAGAAAGGAUGGUUAAAGUUCGCGAGCUUUUCCGUGACACAGAGUCAACAGAAUUCGUCAUUGUCACUAUCCCAACGGUAAUGGCCGUCAGCGAGUCUUCUAGGUUAAGUGCAUCUUUGAAGAAAGAAAGUGUUCCCGUCAAAAGACUCAUUGUUAAUCAGCUUCUCCCACCAUCCUCCUCAGACUGCAAAUUUUGCGCAAUUAAGAGAAAGGAACGUGCAGGAUCAAAUGCGUGCUCUUGAUAUGAUCCGGGAGGAUUCAGAACUCUCUGCUUUGACACUGAUGGAGGCUCCGCUUGUAGAUAUGGAGAUCAGAGGUGUCCCUGCUCUGCGCUUCUUGGGUGAUAUCAUUUGGAAAUAAGAUCAUUACACAUACAUUAUCGACGAUAGGAUGAAAAAGCAGAUUCACUUCACUUGUAGUUCUAAGGAGUUUCUUAUAUAUUUUUGUAUACUAUCUUAUGUGUCUUCAAACUGUUGAACUAAUUCAGUAUCUACAACAUUUUGGCGGGUGUAUUACACGUUCAAUUUACAACUUAAGUCCUGUAAAACAAGAAAUAUUGCAAUUCUUGGGGAGCAAAGCCGCAAGAUAUUUACAUA